GCAUCGUGAGAUCUUUUCCUUUGUCUCUGACUCUCUUCCCUUGAGCUUCUGUUACUUGUUUCAUGAGUCUCGUCUCAUUCUAUUACAUGUCAUCUCUUCCUUUGCAUAGUAAAACCACAUAGUCUCACUAAAACUAAUAUCUCCCAAAAUUCUACUAGUGAGUUAAAGGCCAUGAAAGUGAGCAUAUUGUUUAUGUAAUUUGGAAGUCAUUGAAAAAUCACUCUUCUUUAAACCCCAACUUUCGGACACAGUUCUUUACAGAAUAAUGGUGUAUAACAUCUUGUUUAGUUCUUAUUUAUUUAUUUGGUUCUUAUUAUCCUCCCACGUGACGGUAAGUUCAACUUCACUGGACAGUUUAGCAGGGAAUCAAUCUAUCCGAGAUGGUGAGACUUUAGUUUCAGAAGGUGGAACUUUUGAAGUGGGUUUCUUCAGCCCUGGAAGUUCAACAGGUCGAUACUUGGGUGUAUGGUACCGCAAUAUAUCCCCUUUAAAAGCGGUAUGGGUGGCCAACCGAGAAACACCACUCCACAAUAAUUCAGGAGUUUUAAAACUCAAUCAAAGUGGCGUUCUUGUUAUUCUCAAUAGCACAAACAGCAGUGUUUGGUAUUCCAACAUAUCAAGCCAAGCAGUGAGUAAUCCAAUUGCGCAGCUCUUGGACUCUGGAAAUCUUGUGGUGAAAAAUGGACAGGGUGCUGACGAGGACAACUUUUUAUGGCAAAGUUUUGAUUAUCCGGGGGAUACACUUCUGUCUGGGAUGAAGCUUGGUUGGAACUUAGAAACUGGUCUACAAAGGUUUCUAUCAUCUUGGAAAAGUGCAGAUGAUCCAGCUAAGGGAGACUACUCAGUUAAACUUGACCUUAGAGGAUAUCCUCAACUUUUUAGAUUCAAGGGAUCUGCAAUAGAAUAUAGAUUAGGGUCGUGGAAUGGCCUGACUAUUACAGGAUAUGCAAAUCAUCAGGUCGAAACAAAAGUUAGAUAUGAAUUCGUUUUGAAUGAAAAACAAGUGUAUUUUGAGAUUGAUUUCAUAGAUAGAUCGACGUUUACCAUGUAUACACUGACCCCUUCAGGGGUCGAGCAAAAAUUAGUUUGGACAAGUCAAACAAGCAGGCAAGUUAUAACAUUUGGGGGAGUAGAACCGUGUGAAAACUAUGCCUUAUGUGGUGCAAAUUCUAUAUGCAAGAUGGAUGAUAAGAAUUUUCCAUCCUGUGAAUGCCUCAAAGCAUAUGUUCCCAAGUUUCCUGAACAAUGGACUAAAUCCAAUUGGUCUAACGGUUGUGUUCCAAGGACUAAAUCUAGUUGUAGAAACAACAACACGGACGGGUUCUGGAAGUACUCAGGAUUGAAAAUACCGGACACAUCUUGGUCAUGGUAUAGUAAGACAAUGAACAUUGAUGAAUGUCAGAAGUUAUGUCUGAAAAACUGUUCCUGCACAUCAUUUGCUAAUUUGGAUAUCAGUAAAGGAGGAAGUGGCUGUCUGCUUUGGUUUCAUAAUCUGAUUGAUACGAUGCAAUCCUCUCACGUGGGACAAGACCUUUACAUCAGAGUCCCUGCUUCAGAACUUGAAGUUCAUGUUGCAGUUAAUGGCCAUGGACACAAGAAGAAGAAGCUGGUAGGAAUUACAGUUUCUGUGAUUAUUUUCGGAUUAACUACAUGCUUCAUCAUAAUCAUACUUAGAAGGCGAGGUGUACCAAGCAAAAUUUUCGGGAAGCAUUUCAAAGAUAGACUGAGGAAGGAAGACAUUGAUCUGCCAACAUUGGAUUUGGCAAUCAUAACUAAAGCUACUGAAAACUUUUCAAGCAGUAACAAACUGGGAGAAGGUGGCUUUGGACCAGUAUACAAGGGAAAACUCAAUGAUGAGCAACUGAUAGCUGUAAAAAGGCUUUCAAAGAAGUCUGGACAAGGAAUUGAAGAGUUCAAAAAUGAAGUGGUGUUGAUCGCCAAACUCCAGCACCGAAAUCUUGUUAAGCUUCUUGCUUGCUGCAUUCAAGGAGAAGAAAGAAUGUUGAUAUAUGAAUACAUGCCCAACAAAAGCUUGGACUACUUUAUUUUUGAUGAAACUAAAAGGAAGGUUUUAGAUUGGCCUAAGCGUUUAAACAUUAUCAGUGGCAUUGCUCGAGGACUUCUCUAUCUUCAUCAAGACUCUAGAUUGAGGAUCAUUCAUAGAGAUCUAAAAACUAGCAAUGUUCUUCUAGAUGCAAAUUUGGAUCCAAAAAUAUCGGACUUUGGCUUGGCUCGAACAUUUUUGGGAGAUCAAGUGGAGGCAAACACAAAUAGGGUGGUUGGAACAUAUGGUUACAUGCCUCCCGAGUAUGCCGUGCAUGGGCAUUUCUCUAUGAAAUCAGAUGUGUUUAGUUAUGGUGUGAUAAUACUAGAGAUUGUAAGUGGGAAGAAGAAUAGAGGAUUUUCAGACCCAGAACACUAUCGUAACCUUCUUGGACAUGCAUGGAGAUUAUGGGCUGAAGAGAGGGCACUAGAGCUAUUGGAUGAAGUGUUCGGGGAACAAUGCACACUCUCUGAAGUCAUGCGAUGCAUACAGGUUGGCCUAUUAUGCGUGCAACAAAGACCAGAAGAUAGGCCAGACAUGUCAUCUGUGGUUCUAAUGCUCAAUGGUGAGAAAUUAUUGCCACAACCAAAGGCUCCUGGCUUCUACAUUGAAAAUAAUGUUACACCUGAAGUACAUUCUUUGUCGGUAAAUCGCAAACUGUGCUCAGCUAAUGAAAUUUCCAUUUCAGUGCUAGAUGGAAGAUAGGAUAGGAUAUGGAAGCAAGAAAAUGACAUGGUUUCACCUUCCAAUGUCGUAUAAAUUGGUUAUUCUGAACAUACAAAAUUAGGGAACUCCUGCUUACUUAUUCGAGUGUAUUUUAUGAACUCCUGCUUGUUCUUUCUACAGUGUAUCUAGAUACGCUAUAAAA